AAAAAAAGGGGAAAAAACCUAGAUAAAGGGAAGAACAAAGAAAUAGAUAAGGGUUGAAUCGAUCUAUCCGAGCUUUGAUCUUUUUGUUUCGAAGAUAUUUGAUUUGAUAUACAUGCCAACACAGUUCGUGGUCAGAUAAUGGCUGUUGAGGCUCCUGCCAAACAUGUUUACGAUUUUGAUGAUGAUGAUGACGAUGGGCCCGUAGUGUUCAAGAGGAAUAAUGCCUCGUCCUCUAAGCAAAAUCAGUUUAACUCAGAAGUAAAGAAGACAUUGUCUCAAAGGUCUGAUGGACAAUCUGGGAGGCAGGCCUCUGAUGCAAGAGCUCUCAAUGGUCAAAGUUCCGGUUCCCAGAUCAAGUCCAUCCCACCUUCCAAGUCACCUCCCGUGCGAUCACCUAUUUUGAACCCAAAAUCAUCAAAUUCAUCUGUGAAGGCAUCACCAGUGAGGUCACCAGUAAUGAAUUCUAACGCAUCCACUUCACUAAAUGAUCAGUCAAAACAAGCAACGAAGCAGAAUAAGUUUACUGCUGUCAAGGAAGAGAAAAGCCCAAUUAAAACCACUGAAACAAACACCGACAGUGACGAUGAUGAUGAUUCACAACCUUUGAGUGCAAGGCUUAAGGGUAUCUCAAGCCAGGGCAACAAAGGGGCAAACACUUCAACUCCUGCCCAAUCACAGCGAUUGGUACCAAGGAUCGAGAUAAAAAAAUCUGCUGAAGAUCCUGAUGAUGAAGCUCCUUUGUCUGCAAGGUUCAAAAUGAAGUCGAAUACAGAGACAUUGAGUAGUAAGCCGUAUGAAUCUCAUGAGAAGAAACCUAUGGCUUCUAAAAUUCGGCAGAAUGGUUCUACCAUGAAAGACAAGCAGCAAAAGUCUUCUGAGUUGUCGGAUAAGAGACCUCUUGAUAAGGGCAAUUCAUCAGAUCAGUCUUGUGCUAAAAAGCCAAAGAUUUCAGAUACACCUACAACAAUGAAAUCCAAGCAAGUUACAGUGAAAGCAGAAAAAGCUGAAGAAGAUGAUGACCAUAUUCCAAUUUCCCAGCGGAUAAAAAAGUCAGUUUCAUCAAACAGUAAAACAUCAUCCAUGAAGCAAAAAGCGACCAAAGUUGUCUCUUCAUCAUUUAAAAAGACGAAUAAAAAAUCGAAGAAAGAUAUGAAAAAUUCUAAUUAUAGUAAGUCAACAAAGCUGUCACCUAGUUCUGGUGAUGGUCAGAAAAAGUGGAGUACCUUGGUUCACAAUGGUGUCAUUUUCCCACCUACAUACAAGCCUCAUGGGGUUAUGAUGCUGUACAAUGGACGACCAAUUGAUCUCACUUCUGAGCAAGAGGAGGUGGCAACAAUGUUUGCUGUAAUGAAAGAUACAGAUUACAUGAGUAAGCCACAGUUCAAGAAGAAUUUCUGGGAGGACUGGAGUAAGAUACUGGGGAAAAACCAUAUCAUUAAGAGUUUGGAAAAAUGUGAUUUCACUCCAAUAUACGAGUGGCAUCUGCAGGAGAAAGAGAAGAAGAAGCAAAUGAGUUCUGAAGAAAAGAAGGCUCUGAAAGAAGAAAAGAUGAAGCAGGAGGAAAAGUAUAUGUGGGCUAUUGUUGAUGGUGUCAAAGAGAAGGUAGGAAAUUUCAGAGUCGAACCACCUGGGCUUUUCCGAGGUCGAGGGGAGCAUCCAAAGAUGGGAAAGUUGAAAAGGCGUAUUCGUCCAUGUGACAUUACCAUUAAUAUCGGAAAGGAUGCCCCAAUUCCAGAAUGCUCAAUCCCUGGUGAAAGAUGGAAAGAUAUAAAACACGACAAUACUGUUACAUGGUUAGCUUUCUGGAAUGAUCCCAUUAAUCCGAAAGAAUUCAAAUAUGUAUUUUUGGCAGCCAGUAGUUCUUUGAAGGGGCAAAGUGACAAGGAGAAAUACGAGAAAUCAAGGCUGCUGAAAGAUUAUAUCAAGAACAUCAGGGCAGCAUAUACUAAGGAUUUUACGGCGAAAGAUGUUACAAAGAGACAAAUUGCUGUUGCUACAUAUCUUAUUGAUAAAUUAGCUCUUAGGGCUGGUAAUGAGAAGGAUGACGAUGAAGCUGAUACUGUAGGUUGCUGCACGCUUAAAGUAGGAAAUGUGGAAUGUAUUCCUCCAAAUAAGUUGAAGUUUGACUUCCUCGGUAAAGAUUCAAUUCAGUAUGUGAACACAGUAGAAGUUGAGCUUCCUGUGUACAAGGCAAUAGGGCAGUUUCAAACUGGGAAAAGCAAAACUGAUGAUCUUUUUGAUGAGCUUGAUACAAGCAAACUAAAUGCUCAUCUGAAGGAACUCAUGCCUGGUCUUACAGCAAAAGUCUUCCGUACCUAUAAUGCUUCCAUUACAUUGGAUGAUAUGUUAAAUAAAGAAACCAAAGAUGGGGAUGUGGCAGAGAAAGUAGUAAUUUAUCAGCGAGCAAACAAAGAGGUUGCCAUCAUUUGUAAUCAUCAACGUAGUAUCUCGAAAUCUCAUAGUGCACAGAUGUCAAGGUUGACUGAGAAAAUAACAGAACUCAAGGAUGUUCUAAAAGAGCUAAAAACUGAUUUGGAUAGAGCUAAGAAAGGGAAGCCGCCAUUGAAGGAUGCUGAUGGGAAGCAGAAGAGAAACUUGACCCCUGAAGCGAUACAGAAAAAGAUUGCACAAACAAAUGCAAAGAUCGAGAAGAUGGAACGGGACAUGCAAACUAAGGAGGAUCUGAAAACUGUGGCAUUGGGCACAUCCAAAAUCAAUUACCUUGACCCUAGGAUCACGGUUGCAUGGUGCAAGCGGCACGAAGUUCCCAUCGAGAAGAUUUUCAACAAGUCUCUUCUGGCAAAGUUUGCUUGGGCAAUGGAUGUGGAUCCCGAUUUCAGAUUUUGAUAUGUGGGAUUACCAGGUUGGUGCCAUUAAAUUCAUACUCCGACCUAUCGGCCCAUGCAGAAAAGAUGGGGACAAAGGAACAACCAAAAGUCUCCUCUUCUUGAAUUAUCAUCCAUUUUUCCAUUGAAGUUGUUCACAUUUUUUUUUGGUUUUAGUGGAAAAUUCAUGUUAUAUGUCGAUCUAAUCUAAUCAGAGUUGCUAAAAGAAAUUGUUUGCUUUCAACAUUUGAACAUUCCUCACUAACUGUUAAAUGUUGGACUCGAGAUACAUUGAAGAAUGGUUCAUAAGCAGAGUUAAUUUUGUACAUUCCCU